AUGACUUCGACGACCUCGACUUCGCUCGACGACCUCGACUUUGGUGACGAUGACUUCGAAGAUCUUGACUUUGUCAAUCUUCAGUUCGACGACGUGGACUUCGACGACCUUGACUUCGAUGACCUCGUGUUGGACGACCUUGACUUCGAUGACCUCGAGUUUAAAGAUAUUUCAACCGACGACCUUGUGUUCGACGACCUACAAUUCGACGACCUUGACUUCGACGACCUUCAACUCGACGACCUCGACUUUGGUGACCAUGACUUCGAAGAUCUUGACUUUGUCAAUCUUCAGUUCGACGACGUGGACUUCGACGACCUUGACUUCAAAGACCUCGAGUUGGACGACCUUGACUUCGAUGACCUCGAGUUUAAAGAUAUUUCAACCGACGACCUUGUGUUCGACGACCUACAAUUCGACGACCUUGACUUCGACGACCUUCAACUCGACGACCUCGACUUUGGUGACCAUGACUUCGAAGAUCUUGACUUUGUCAAUCUUCAGUUCGACGACGUGGACUUCGACGACCUUGAAUUCGAUGACCUCGUGUUGGACGACCUUGACUUCGAUGACCUCGAGUUUAAAGACAUUUCAACCGACGACCUUGUGUUCGACGACCUACAAUUCGACGACCUUGACUUCGACGACCUUCAAGUCGAAGAGCUUGACUUCGACGACCUCCCAUUCGACGACCUCCAAUUCGACGUCAUCGGCUUCGGUUACCUUGCCUUCGACGACCUUGACUUUACCAAGCUUCAGUUCGACGACCUCGACUUAUCUUAUCAUUCGACGACCUCGAACUCGACAACCUCGAGUUUACAGAUCUUUAAUCCGACGACAUCGGGUUCGACGACCUUGACCUCGACGACCUCCGAUUUCGACGACAGUUCAUUCGACGUCCUCGGGUUCGACGACUUUCAAAUCGACGACCUCGACUUUGACGACCUCCAAGUCGAAGAGCUUGACUUUGACGACCUUUAUUUCAAAGACCUUCAUUCUGACGACCUCGGCUUGAUUUACCUUGCCUUCAACGACCUUGACUUUGCCAAACUUCAGCUCGACGACCUCGACUUUGGUGACCAUGACUUCGACGACCUCAAAUUCGACAACCUCUUAUUCGACGACCUCGACUUCGGUUACCUUGACUUCGACGACCUUGACUUUGCCAAACUUCAGUUCGACGACCUCGACUUUGGUGACCAUGACUUCGACGACCUCAAAUUCGAUCUUGACUUUGUCAAUCUUCAGUUCGACGACGUGGACUUCGACGACCUUGACUUCAAAGACCUCGAGUUGGACGACCUUGACUUCGAUGACCUCGAGUUUAAAGAUAUUUCAACCGACGACCUUGUGUUCGACGACCUACAAUUCGACGACCUUGACUUCGACGACCUUCAACUCGACGACCUCGACUUUGGUGACCAUGACUUCGAAGAUCUUGACUUUGUCAAUCUUCAGUUCGACGACGUGGACCUCGACGACCUUGACUUCGAUGACCUCGUGUUGGACGACCUUGACUUCGAUGACCUCGAGUUUAAAGAUAUUUCAACCGACGACCUUGUGUUCGACGACCUACAAUUCGACGACCUUGACUUCGACGACCUUCAAGUCGAAGAGCUUGACUUCGACGACCUCCCAUUCGACGACCUCCAAUUCGACGUCGUCGGCUUCGGUUACCUUGCCUUCGACGACCUUGACUUUACCAAGCUUCAGUUCGACGACCUCGACUUAUGUGACCAUGACUUCGACGACCUCAAAUUCGAAGACCUCAAAUUCGACGACUUCUAA